UAACCCUCUUACGAUUAACAGUUAAUAAAAUAAAUUUUGAUCAUUAAAUAAUAAAAAAAUGGUCAAUAAAAUAUCUGUAGCAUAAAAUGGUCAUAAAAAUUACAAAACCUGUGUUAUACACUAGUGCAGUAGCAUCAAUUUAUGGCGCUGCUUGUUUAUUUAAGGAAUACAUUGGUGGCGAAAAAUAUUCAAAAGACAUUAAAGCUGAUGGAAAGAUAGUAAUUGUUACUGGUGCAAAUACUGGAAUUGGUAAAGAGACAGCAUGGGAACUUGCAAGAAGAGGAGCCAAAGUAUACAUGGCAUGUCGAGACAUGACUCGCUGCGAAAAUGCAAGAGAAGAAAUUGUUUUAGACACUAAAAACAAAUAUGUAUAUUGUAGAGAAUGUGAUUUGUCUUCAUUGGAAUCUAUAAGAAAAUUUGUCCAAAUAUUUAAUAAACAAGAAGACCAUUUAGACAUUCUAAUUAAUAAUGCAGGGGUAAUGAGAAUUCCUAAGCACACAACAACAAGAGAAGGUUUUGAAAUGCAAUUAGGAGUUAAUCAUAUGGGACACUUUUUGCUAACAAAUUUGUUAUUAGACCAAUUAAAGAAAGCAGCUCCAAGUAGAAUUGUCAAUGUUUCCAGCAUUGCUCAUAAGCGAGGCAAAAUAAAUAAGGAAGACCUCAACAGCAAUGAAAAGUAUGAUCCAGGGGGUGCAUAUGCCCAAAGUAAAUUAGCCAAUAUUCUUUUUACCAAGGAACUAGCUAAAAGAUUAGAAGGGACUGGGGUAACAGUAUAUGCAGUGCAUCCUGGUUUAGUAGACACAGAAAUAAUUCGUCAUAUGGGUUUUUUCAAUAGUUGGAUGGCAAAAAUAUUUAUUAAACCUUUUGUAUGGCCCUUUAUUAAGACUCCCACUCAAGGAGCUCAAACAAUUAUUUUUGCUGCCCUUGAUCCCAGUUUAGAGAGAGUUACGGGUAAAUAUUUUAGUAAUUGUUCUGAAGCUGAAUUAUCAGAAGCUGCUAAAGAUGAUGCAACUGCUAAAUGGCUUUGGUUAGUUAGCGAAAAAUGGACAAGGUUGUCUGCCUAAAGUAAUUAAUUUUUUUGUCUUUUUUUAUUUGAUAAUAUAUUUUAAGUACUCACAA